UUUAUGUUAGGUGGUCUGUGGAUUGUGUGUAUGGAACUGAGUACUGAAUACUGACUGUCUAGUGUCUACUGUCUAGUCUAAUUGACUUGGAAUAAAUAACCUUAUUUGUAUUGCACUGUUCGGGAAUUAAUAUAAUUUAGUUAAUUCGUAGGGAUAAGUUAUAAUUAAGUAUUUACUGUUAGUACAUAUUCACAGUAACUAUGACGGCAACAACUGAUUCGGUUCGUGAAAAGGUGUUACAAGAGUAUAGAAAGAAACUAUUAGAACAUAAAGAAGUCGAGAGUAGAUUGAAAGAAAUGAGAGAACAACUUCGGGAUUUAACAAAACAGUAUGAUAAAUCAGAAAAUGAUUUGAAAGCCCUUCAGAGUGUUGGUCAGAUUGUUGGGGAGGUGCUGAAACAGCUGACUGAAGAAAAGUUCAUCGUAAAAGCCACAAAUGGACCUCGCUACGUUGUUGGUUGUCGUCGUCAGUUGGACAAAGCCAAGCUGAAAUCCGGCACAAGAGUAGCUCUGGACAUGACAACCCUCACCAUCAUGCGCCACUUGCCUCGUGAGGUAGACCCUCUCGUAUACAACAUGUCACACGAGGACCCAGGUGACGUCACGUACUCAGCUAUCGGAGGCCUCAGCGAGCAGAUCCGUGAGCUGAGAGAGGUCAUAGAAUUGCCUCUGCUGAACCCUGAGUUGUUCCAACGUGUUGGCAUCACACCACCUAAAGGUUGCUUGCUGUACGGACCUCCUGGCACUGGGAAGACUUUGCUAGCUCGAGCUGUGGCCAGUCAGCUAGACGCCAACUUUCUUAAGGUUGUGUCCAGUGCCAUAGUAGACAAGUAUAUCGGAGAGAGCGCACGUCUCAUACGAGAAAUGUUCAACUACGCUCGGGACCACCAGCCCUGCAUCAUCUUCAUGGAUGAAAUUGAUGCCAUCGGUGGGCGUAGAUUUUCAGAAGGUACUUCUGCAGACCGAGAAAUCCAACGAACGCUUAUGGAGCUUUUGAAUCAGAUGGACGGUUUUGACUCUCUUGGUCAGGUAAAAAUGAUAAUGGCAACAAAUCGGCCUGAUACCUUAGAUCCUGCCCUGCUACGUCCAGGCCGUUUGGAUCGUAAAAUAGAAAUACCUCUGCCUAAUGAGCAAGCUCGCUUAGAGAUUUUGAAAAUCCACGCUGGCCCCAUAGCGAAGCAUGGCGAUAUUGAUUAUGAAGCCGUUGUAAAACUAUCUGACAGUUUCAAUGGAGCGGACUUGCGUAACGUAUGCACUGAAGCAGGCUUGUUUGCCAUUCGAGCUGAAAGAGAAUAUGUCAUUCAAGAAGAUUUUAUGAAAGCAGUAAGGAAAGUUGCUGACAACAAGAAAUUGGAAUCUAAGCUUGAUUAUAAACCAAUCUAAGUGUGCAGGAAAGGUUGAUUUGUUUUGUAAGAAUAUACUUAAAAAAUGCAUUAAAAGUAAAUUUUUCUCAAGUGUU